UAGAAAGUCAAGGACGCUUUUAAAAACGGAAGUGAUAAUUUUUCGGAUAUCCUCUGCAUUUUACCUCAGACUUCAGGUAGAGACAUAAACAUCAAGAUGGCCACAACAAAUACACCGAAUGCUACGGCACAAAAUGCACAAAACAGAAGAGCACAGGUGAUGAUAGGGGAGCUCCCUACUGACUUCCUGCGAGUCUCCUACAACAACACACAGCAGCAAGUGAUGGGGGAUGAACGCAUCGCUCAGAUCCUCCAAGCUCAGCAGCAAGCAGGGUUCAUGGCCCCCAUCCCAGCUAACAUACAGGGACGUCUUAGUCUAACAGUUGUACAGGCUAAAUUAGCUAAGAAUUAUGGAAUAACAAGGAUGGAUCCGUAUGUCCGAAUCAGGAUUGGUCACUCUGUGAUAGAGACUCCAACAGCUUACAAUGGAUCAAAGAAUCCACGCUGGAACAAAGACAUCAAUUUAUAUCUCCCCCACGGAGUGGAUUCUAUGUAUUUAGAGAUUUUUGAUGAGAAACAGUUUACAAUGGAUGAUCGCAUUGCCUGGGCAUACAUUAGCAUUCCUCAAUCUGUCCUCAAUGGUGAUACGAUGAAUGAGUGGUUCCCCCUGAGUGGUCGUCAAGGAGAUGAGAAGGAAGGAAUGAUUAACCUUGUUAUGUCACUAAAUGAGGUACAGCAACCAGCAGUACAACCCACCCCAGUUCUAUACCAGCAGCCCAUCGUGUACUACCCCCAACCAAUAGGAGGGUUUCCCAUUGCAGUUCAACCUGUACCUGCUGGAAUGCCUGUUUACCCUCAACAAGGGGGAACACCCCAACCACAGCGCCCUCUAUUCACAGAGGAAGACUUCAAGCAGGUCAAGGACAUGUUCCCCAAUAUGGAGGAUGAGGUCAUAAGGUCAGUGCUGGAGGCUAACCGUGGCAACAAGGACGCAACCAUCAACUCCCUUCUACAGAUGAACAGUGACUGAGAUUGAUGUACAGAUAAAACCAGACUUUGUUUUAUAGGGGGAAAACCAGUGCUACUAAAAUUAUAAAAUGUCUAUGAUGUGGACUCUGUUUCAAUAAUGAAAUUGUACUAGUAGGUGUCUAAAGUAUAGAAUAAAUCAGUUAAUGAUAUAUCAUCAUAUAUUUGUAUUUGUAGCAGCCAGAGCAUCAUCAGUUUUUCUUGUUACAGUGACAUUUAUGCAUAAUACCUACAAACAAACAGUAAAGUUUUGCUAUAUUUAUAUGUAUACAUUGAUAACUUCUGGUUCAUAUAAAUGUUUCCAUUCAUAGUCUUAUGUCAAAAUCGAGUAACUACUAAACAUAAACACAUAGCACUUAUUAAUAUUACAAAUGAAUUACUUUUGUCCACCAUUCAACGUAGGGGUUCGAAACAGGCGCCGUCUGUCUGUCAGUGUAUGACAUAAUUUUGUUAUAAUUGUUGUUUUGUUGUACAUGUUGUGUGUUUGGAUCAUUUUCUGGGAGUGAUAGUUAAUGACUGUGAUAUAAGAGGGUGUGUCAUACAUUUCUGCCGAGCAGGUUGAUUACUUAAUGAUUAAACUUAAAAUUCAAAACCA